AUGCAUUUGUUUGAUAUGUUGUUUUUAAAUAAGGAGGGGCUAGCGGGGGAGGAGGAGGGGGAGGAGGAGGAGUGGGGCGUGGGGUCGGGCGCGCGGCUGCUGCGCGCGCUGCUGCCCGCCGCCGCCGAGUGGGGCGCGGCGCGCGCGCUGCUCGCCGACGCCGCCGACCGCCAGCUGCUGCUGCAGCACCUGCUGGCUUCCCCGACGGGCUCGGGCGCGGCGGCGCGCUGGCGCGAGCAGCAGGCGGCGGCGCUGGUGCUGCGCGCGCGGCGCGGCACCGCGGCGGCGCGCGAGCUGUCGCGCCGGUACCCCGACAACGCGCUCUUGGCGUUAGUGUCGAGCGGCACGCCGCUGUGGUCGCACGCGGCGGCGGCGGACGCGGGCGCGGAGCCGGCGCGUGCGCUGGGCGCGGCGUGGCCCGCGCUGCUCGCCGCCGCCGCCCUGGCGCCCGCCGCCGCCGGCGUGCUGGCGCGCCGCCUGCGCCGCCGCGGGGAGGCGCGCGCCGCCGCCGCGCUGCCGUGGGCGCUGCGCCUCGAGGCGGAGGCGCGCGCGCCGCACCCGCGCCUCGAGUACGUCGCGCACGCCGCCAUGGACGCGCUGCCCGCGCACAAGUGGCUGACGGUGCGGUGCGCGGCGCUGGGCGCGGCGGGCGGCGGCGGCGCGCUGGCCGACGUGCUGCUGGAGCGCGGCCUGCGCCUGCACGCGCUGCCGCUGGAGCUGCGCCCGCUCGAGCCGCAGGACGCGCCGAGUAGCCGCCGCCUGCACGCGCUGCCGCUGGAGCUGCGCCCGCUCGAGCCGCAGGACGCGCCGAGUAGCCGCCGCCUGCACGCGCUGCCGCUGGAGCUGCGCCCGCUCGAGCCGCAGGACGCGCCGCGCCGCGCCGAGUAGUCGCCGCCGGCACGCGGGGGCGGGGAGCCUGUCCUGCCAGCGCCUGACAUCCUAUCACUAAAAAAAAAAUUAUACGGAGUGUUUCGUAGAUUGGGAUACUAUACUUAUUUGUAAGUCUAACGAUAUAUAAUAUUUUCAAAAGACAA